UUCCCCUAUUCUGCUGCACAUUACUAUUUGCACCAGUUGUUUUAGAGUGUAGAGCUGACUUAGGCCAUGCCCCUGACCAUGUUAGCCCUGACCAUGUUAGCCAUGCCCCUGACCAUGUUAGCCCUGACCAUGUUAGCCCUGACCAUGUUAGCCAUGCCCCUGACCAUGUUAGCCCUGACCAUGUUAGCCAUGCCCCUGACCAUGUUAGCCAUGCCCCUGACCAUGUUAGCCCUGACUAUGUUAGCCAUGCCCCUGACCAUGUUAGCCCUGACCAUGUUAGCCAUGCCCCUGACCAUGUUAGCCCUGACUAUGUUAGCCAUGCCCCUGACCAUGUUAGCCCUGACUAUGUUAGCCAUGCCCCUGACCAUGUUAGCCCUGACUAUGUUAGCCAUGCCCCUGACCAUGUUAGCCCUGACCAUGUUAGCCAUGUCCCUGACCAUGUUAGCCCUGACCAUGUUAGCCAUGCCCCUGACCAUGUUAGCCCUGACCAUGUUAGCCAUGCCCCUGACCAUGUUAGCCCUGACCAUGUUAGCCAUGCUACUGACCAUGUUAGCCCUGACCAUGUUAGCCAUGCCCCUGACCAUGUUAGCCCUGACCAUGUUAGCCAUGCCCCUGACCAUGUUAGCCCUGACCAUGUUAGCCAUGCCCCUGACCAUGUUAGCCCUGACCAUGUUAGCCAUGCUGCACUGUCCCACUACUUCCAUUACGCACUUUGUCAGUUAAUGCACUACAGCACUGACCUGUGCACUGGCUAUUCUGUUGUACGUCCCACCUACCACAUGUUCCUAGACCGAUGUUGGAAUGCUAAUGGAAUGGAAGUGAAUGUGUUGAUUGGAUCUUUGGAGUCGUUGUCCCUAUGGUGUCCAUGGCGUUUGACUUUACCAUGACUUUUGUCAGUUUGAGGGUUUCUUAUUUUCUCUCGUUUUAUUUAAAAAAAUAAAAUAUGUAUAUUUCAUUGUUUUAAUGCCAGUGUCCAAAAUUGUAACUUCUUAAUAAAAUGUACUGAGUUGA